CGAAAUUAAUAUAUGAAAGUUCAAGGAAAUCUAAAAAAAGAAAAUAAAGAUUUGUGCGACGAAGUACAAAAUCUGGAAGCAAUGUUGUCGAAAUUGCGUCUGGAAAAGGACGAAUUAGCACAGAAAUAUAACACACUGCUUGAGAGCUCAGCUGCCACAUCCAACGAAACUGACUUUGAGAACAUUCUUCCCCGCAGAAACAACGAUUUGGUCAAUAAGUUAGAAGAAGAGCGACAAAAGACUAAACAAAAAAUAGAAAAGUAUCAAAAGUCAGAGCAGAGACAGGCAGACCUGAUUCAACGUCUCCAGUCGAAAGUAUUUUGUAUAAAUUGACUUGAGAUACUGGAAUACAAGCAAAAGGCCGAAUUGAACGACCUGCUCAAGCGAAACUCCCUA